AUGUCGCUCAGAAGUGCCCUCACCCUGCUGGCGGCGGCCCAGGCCGUCGUCGCAGACUCGUCGCAUCCGAUGCACUUCCGCAAGGUCGAUUCCCAGACGGCCCAGGGCAUCGCUGCCUUCAAGAACAUUGCCCCCCGCGGUGACGGAGCCCUCGUAAACGAGCAGGGCUUCUGGUUCUCCCACUUCACCGUCGGCGCCAGCAAGGACCUCGAGAUCCUCAUCGACACGGGCUCCUCGGACGCCAUCAUGAACCCGGGCAUCUACCAGCCCAGCGCCGCCUCCCAGGACCAGAAUCGCCGCUUCCACAUUGCCUACGCGACGACCAACCCCGACGGCUCCGGCACCCUCUCCGCCUCCGGCAAGGUCUACCACGACGUCAUCACGCAGCUCGGCGCCAACCUCACCGUCCCCCAGCAGGUCGUCGGCGCCAUCGACCAGCCCGCCACGCCGCCCACCUUCCCCCACGACGGCCUCAUCGGCUACGCCGGCAAGAUGGGCGCCUCCCUGCGCGAGGACCCCUUCUUCACGUCCCUCUGCGCCGCCGGCACGCUGUCCGCCUGCCGCUUCGGCCUCGCCCUGCGCACCGACGGCACCGGCCAGCUGCACUACGGCGCCGUCGCCACCUCCGAGUUCGCCGGCGCCCUCACCGCGGUCAAGGUCACCAGCCUGUGGUCCGUCACCGGCGGCGUCACCGUCGCCGGCAAGGUGGUCGCGGACAACCUCGACAUCGCCACCGACUCGGGCACCACGGUCAUCUUCGGCCCCACGGCCGACGUGAAGCAGGUCUUCGCGGCCGCCGGCGUCAAGGCGGUGACGACGAGCGCGGGUACCGUGGAGGGUCACUACAGCUGCGCGAGCCCGCCGACGAUCGGCUUCAGCUUGGGCGGGGUCAACUUUGACCUGGAUCCCAAGGCGCUGGCGUUCAAGCAGGACGGCGACGACUGCACGGCCAGCGUCAUCGGCACGGCCGAUUUUGGCGGCACGUGGCUCGUCGGUCAGGCCUUCUUUCAGGGCCGCUACAUCGACCACAACGUCGACGACCGGACCAUGGGAUUUGCGAACCUCAAGUGA